AACGGUGUGAUAUUCUAAAUAACUUUUCUCUGGUUACAGACUGUGGUUGAAGGCUCAGCAGAACUCACAUGUGGAUUUCCUCUACAGACAGUUGACACAGCAUGUCUGACACGUACGCCAAUAGUGUCUGAACUCUGGAGAUAUAUCAAACUCACUUAUCAAGCAGGAAGUAGAAGGAACAGGAUCAAGACAGGUCAUGAAUUAAGGAACUGAUGAUGUCACAGAGCAGGGGUCAUGGAGGGUCAGGGGUUCGGAUGAGGGAGCUGUAUGUUCUGCUGUGUGUGGUACUGACUCUACCAGGCUGCAGAGGCUUCCUCCCCAACUUCUGGUCCCGUGUGUUAACCCUGUCCUUGGACUCCUACACACACCAAUUCAUCACUGAGCAGGGUGUCCUCAACGUCACUCUGGAGACACUGAGCAUGGCCAACACACACCAGCACACACAGAAGCAGGCAGGUCUGGGUCGGGGGUUCUGGCAUGCAGUGGGGGAGGUGGUGCAUUCCAAUGCGGCCAUGGACUUCCUGAGCUCUACACGGUCCGACCCAGUCUACCACUUUGACUCGGAGCGCGUGGAGGAAUCUAUGGCGAUGCUCCGGCAGUUCUGGGCCCAAACCCUGCUCUCUGCACGAGCCAAAGAGUACCAGGGGGCGAGACACAGUCUGGGACAGCUGCUACACUCAUUGCAGGAUUUCUACAGCCAUAGUAACUGGGUGGAGAUGGGUCAGCACUCAAUAUACCUCCACCUGCUGCAGCCUGGGCAGCCAGCCUUCCCUGUAGCCACAGAGGACACUCCUACCUGUAUGGAGUGUCACAGCGCUACCUGCAGAGAUAACCUCCUGCCCAGACUGACCCAAAGUCAGCAGUACCCUCUACUGCUCACCACUGGGUACUUCAGCACCUACCCACCCAAACCACAAGGGAAGUGUAGUCACGGGGGUGUACUGGACAGCAGUCGUCACCAGGGGGCCAAGGGGGGCAUCAAUAAGGACAGCACCUCCCCCCUCUUCUCCCCCCAUCACUACCUCCAUGUGGAGGCUGCCCGCCUCGCUACCACGGCAACCCUUACUGUGCUCAGAGACCUCCGAGACAGUGUGGGCAACAUCAGCUUCCUCAGACUCUUCAGUGUGAAGCAGCCUCCAGCGCUGGUGUUUGUCAUGGACACCACAGGCAGCAUGUUUGAGGAGAUCACCGCAGCCCGCCUCCGUGCCCACUCUAUCAUCCAGGCCCGCGCCAACACUCCCGAACAGCCUGGCACCUUCCUGCUGGUGCCCUUCCAUGACCCAGGUGAGGGAGAGGGCAUGACCAGGCCAGGGUGUUAG